UCCCCCCGGCCGUGACGUCACCCGUGACGCCGCAGCAGGAGGCGGUGUCCGGCAGAAAUCCCCCCUUCGUCACAUCCAGUGCGCACCACUGAUGUAGCUGCAGCCCUGAGAGACAUCGAGCAGCAGGGAACGAGGAAGAGUUUGGACGCACUGCGGAGGGGAGUGCAGCCAUGGGCAACGCGCAGGAGAAACCCCCCGGCGGCAGCGCAGCAGGCGCGGCGAGCAAGGAGAACCGGCAGCCCCGCAGAGCUCCCGGAAAGGAGGCGGCCAACGGCGCCGCGAGAGGAAGCAGCCGCGCGGGCGCGGAAGAGGAGCCGCAGCAGCAGCCGCCGCCAGACAGCUCGGGGAUGGAUAGGAGUUACCUGGAUGCUCCGGCUGGAGCUUUGCCUCCUCACCUGGCCCGGCUGAAGAAUGAAGGGAACUACCUCUUUAAAAACGGCCAGUUCGGAGACGCGCUGGAGAAGUACUCCCAGGCUAUAAAUGGAUGCUCUGAGGCAGGCAUCGACAGUCCAGAAGAUCUGAGUAUCCUCUACUCCAACAGAGCUGCCUGUUACCUGAAGAAUGGAAACAGUGGCGACUGCAUACAAGACUGCAACAAGGCUUUAGAGCUGCAGCCCUUCUCCUUGAAGCCCUUGUUGCGCAGAGCCAUGGCCAAUGAGUCACUGGAGCGCUACAGGAAGGCCUACGUGGAUUACAAGACGGUGCUGCAGAUCGACACCGGGAUGCAGGCGGCUAAUGACAGCGUCAACAGGAUCACAAAGGUGCUGAUUGAGCAGGACGGGCCUCAAUGGAGAGAAGAGCUGCCGGAGAUUCCCGUCGUCCCUCUGUCCGUCCAGCAGCAGCACAGAGAGAGACCCGUCAGCAUUGAGCAGGCUCAGGCACGAGCCGCCAGGGCCGCACAGGAGGAAGCCAGAAGAAAAGAGGCCCGCUUUACUUUACUGAAACACGAAGGCAACAGCCUGGUGAAGAAGGGUCAGUUCCAGGAAGCGCUGGAGAAGUACAGCGAAUGUCUGUCGGUAAAAUCCGACGAAUGUGCCGUUUACACAAACAGAGCCAUUUGUUUCCUGAAACUGCGUCGGUACGAAGAGGCCAAACAGGACUGCGACUCGGCGCUGCAGCUGGACCCAGCCAACAAGAAAGCCUUCUACAGACGGGCGCUGGCUUUUAAGGGAUUACAGGAUUACCUGUCGGCCAGCAGCGACCUCCAGGAGGUCCUCCAGCUGGACCCCAAAGUCCGCGAGGCCGAGCAGGAGCUCGAGGAGAUGACGUGUCUACUGAGGCAAAGCUUGAUAGACAAGGAUGCACACACAUGAAGCGUAAGAGCCGACCAAAAUGUUCAAAUGGCACUAGCACAGCUCCACACAUUCGGUGACGGCUGUGUAUAAUCAGUAGACGUAUUGCACAUCAUUUUAUACGACCAAGAAAAACAAAACAAAAAAAAAAGGUGAUGUUUUAUUAACUCCUGUAGCCGCGGUGGUGCUUGGUUGUGUGCAGGUGGAGGCUCUGCACAGUGGCACGCUAAAGGCUGGGUUGUCCGGGUAGAUUUCUCUGUUUUCUGUGUUUUACAUUGGGCGAGUGGGGAGUAAACGGAUCUUCUGUUCAAAUAAAGUCAAAGGUUGACUCUAUUUCAUCAAAAUAGGCGGUAUAUUGCUUUUUACAUUUUCAAAGUAAGAAGAAAAAAAAAGAAAAAGAAUCUCGACAUUGCUGCCACAGUCUCAAACAUUUAUUGUCUUGUUUCGUGCUUGUUUACAAAGUUUAAACCGGAUGUUUAAAUAGUUUCCUAAAAAAAGAGACAUUUUCCUCCCUGUCUGACAUUAAGUAAGGAACUUUUUUUGUUUUAGGUCAUGUAGGAUUACCAAAAUGAUCUCAACUCACUAAACGCUAGAAUACGCCGAGAGAUUUUUUUUACUACAGUUUACAUGUAUUUCUUUAGCAUUUGCUAAAAGUACCUUGUACUGUAGGAUUUAGAUGAAACAUAAUAGUUUGCAGGAACUUUGGCCCAUUCCUCCUGACAGAAGCAGUGUAACCGAAUCAGGUUUGUAGGCCGACUUGCUCACCCACCUUUUCAGCUCUACUCACAAAUUUUAUACGAGGCAAAUAUCGGAGCUUAGCGAUGGCCGCUCCACAACCUUUAUUUUGUUGUCUUUAUACCACUUAAAGAUGUGCCUAAGCUUUAUCUUCCAAAUAGACAGAAAAACACAGAAGCACUGAUCCUGGGGUACUUUCUCUGUUAAAAAAAGGAAAACGGCCGCGGCAGCAGUAGCUCUUUUAGUGGCUCCAUCAAGGAGAAAAACCCAGCUAAGCAGAUAAGCUCCGAGCCAGAUUUGUCGCAGCAAAACCUCCUUAAAUAGCUUUGCCUAGGAGAGAGACGGGGUUGAACACUGAGACAGGUGUGUUAUUUAAGGAUAACAUGCAGCUGUUGGCAGCAGUAGCCCCAGAACAGUACUAUGAAGAGAAAAAAUAAAGUUCAAAGUUGACAUAACAGCAAAUAACGCAAAACUGGAGAGUAGUAGGAGAAUGUAGUCGAGUGAGGGAACGUGGUCUUGCUGUCCUCCAGCAACCUACUAACCUGACCCUUCCCAGAUGCAUGUCUCGCUCCGCCUAG